GCUGUGAUAUAGAGCCAACACUUGCCACUGCAGUGAUGUACCUUAAGCAAACAGGUAUAUACUGCUGCACCCUGCAGCUGUGGCAGGCACUCUGAGUUUGCUGAGCUCUCUGGGACUUGAAGAGCACGUCUGCUUCCCAGUGUGGUGUUUGAGCUGUCCUGAGCUCCAUCCCUUCCAUAACUCAGUGCGCUCUCAGUGCUCUGCCCUUUGUGUGAACUGCUCUUUUCCAUGACACAGACGGUUCUUGUGCAGUGCUCAGCACGCUCCUGGCGCUCUGCAAAUACUAUUAAAUGCAAAACCCACACGUCUGUAAGCAUUCCUGCUGCAGGAGGGGAGAGGCUGAGCUCUUGUGCAGCGUGGGGAGGUUUGUUGCAGAAAUGCUGAUGGGGAACGAACAUUUUUAUAUGGGGAAAUUGCUUCUGAAGUGUGUUCCUGGGGACAAAAAAUAUCCCUUGAUAGGGCAGCUUGACUAAUGGGAACUUGAUGGCAUGACCAUUCACUGAUGUGGGAUGCCUCGAGCCACUAGCUGUGAAAUAAGGGCCACUCCUGCGUUUACUUAUUGGCUGUAAUAACACACUUCUCUGAAUCACUGUUCAAGUGUAUUUUAAGUCAAUAUGGUGGUAUAACAGUGAACAUGUUUGAAGCCACCCAGGCAAAACUAAUACUAAUCAUCAAGGCUUACGUCUCUGGAGGCCAAGCAUGUGAGGAGCAGUGCCUGUGGGCAAAGAUCUCUCUUAGCACGGCGCAAUGCACUCACAGAAUGGAUUUUGCCUUCCUCUGUGAGCGCCUGUUCCAGCAGCAGGUAGAGAGCCAGCAAGGGCUGCAUGCAGCACAUUUGCUCUUUAGCUCAAGCAGAACAGGUUUGUGCUCUGAUCCUGAAGGUGUCGUGUUCAAAUCUUGCAGCUAGAAGGCUUAAACUCUAUUGAAAUAAGGUCAAAACCAGCAGCGUAAAUCAAGGGGAAAUUGAUUGUAUGGUUUGUCUAUGAAUAUGUUUAUGCGUUCGGUGUGUAGCUCCGUGAAUUCACAGCUGGCUUUGUGCUCAUUGAAAUGGUCCUGGUAAAUAAACAGCACUAUGGAGCUGUGCAGUGCCUGGGAGCUUUCUAAGUAACUCUGCAUAGCGGCGAGCUUUGGAUCUGCUGAACUGCUGCUGGUUGGUUCGUUCCUGAAGCAGUCGGGGAGUCUGAGUGUGUUUGUAGUUUUUUUGCGGACCUCAGAGCCGUUCCUGCGCUGCUGCAGUCGCCUCAUGCAUAGUCAGGGAUGGGGAUCUGAAACUCCAUAGAAACAGGCAGCCAGAUUGCUGCUGGUGUUAAUUGGGAGUGUGAGCAGGCUGAGGGCAGUGGUGGCGGAUUGAGCUGGAGACCAGCUGCCUCCUUGAGCUCUCCGUCAGCCUCCUUGCAGUGAUAGUUAUUGUGUGUGGACUGGCCCUGGUGGCAGUUUUUCUCUUUCUCUUUUGGAAGCUGUGCUGGGUUCCCUGGAGGAACAAGGCCCUUUCUCCUAACCUGGCCGUCUUGCAGAGCGAGGCAGAGCGCAAUAAGGAGAACAUGGCAGACAAGCUGCAGGACACGGGCACCGUCAGCUUCCUGGAGGCAGCUGUGAAAAUCAGCCAUACAUCACCAGACAUCCCUGCAGAGGUGCAGAUGUCCAUGAAGGACCACAUCCUGCGACGCACGCGGAUCCAGAGGCAAACAACAGAGCCUGCAUCGUCCACCAGGCACAUCUCCUUCAAAAGACACCUUCCCAGGCAGAUGCACGUAUCCAGCAUGGACUAUGGCAUGGACUCACCUGCUGUUGCUGAGCAGCCGACCAGCAUCGGCCGCAUUAAGCCUGAGCUCUACAAGCAAAAAUCUGUCGACUCCGAGGACCCCAAAAAAGAAGCAGCAAAAACCUGUGGGAAAAUUAACUUCACUCUCAAGUACGACUAUGAGAACGAGACGCUGACCGUCCGAAUUCUCAGGGCUUUCGAUUUGCCAGCCAAAGAUUUCUGUGGCAGCUCAGAUCCCUAUGUGAAGAUCUACCUCCUGCCCGACAGGAAGCGCAAGUUCCAGACACGAGUGCAUAGGAAGACCCUGAACCCCACCUUCGAUGAGUCCUUCCAUUUCCCUGUGCCCCACAAGGAGCUGGGGAGCAGGAAGCUCCACCUGAGCGUCUUUGACUUUGACAGGUUCUCCAGACAUGACAUGAUAGGAGAAGUUAUCUUGGAGAACCUGUUUGAGGACUCAGAUCUCUCCAGGGAGACUUCCAUCUGGAAGGACAUUCAGUAUGCAACAACGGAAAGCGUGGACCUGGGAGAGAUCAUGUUUUCCCUUUGUUAUUUGCCAACUGCAGGUCGCCUCACCCUAACAGUCAUUAAAUGCAGGAAUCUCAAAGCGAUGGACAUCACCGGUUACUCAGAUCCAUACGUCAAAGUGUCUUUGCUAUGUGAUGGUCGAAGGCUUAAAAAGAAGAAAACCACCAUAAAGAAAAAUACUCUUAAUCCUACUUAUAAUGAAGCAAUAAUCUUUGACAUUCCCCCAGAGAACAUGGAUCAAGUCAGCCUGCUCAUCUCUGUCAUGGAUUAUGAUCGAGUGGGUCACAAUGAGAUCAUUGGGGUUUGCCGUGUGGGGGUCAAUGCGGAAGGAUUGGGAAGAGACCACUGGAACGAGAUGCUGGCGUACCCACGCAAGCCCAUCGCACACUGGCAUCCAUUAGUGGAGGUGAAGAAGUCUUUCAAAGAGUGGCAAGGCCGAGCAGCGAGCUUUGACAGCCAGAGCUCCUGUCCUUCUCCCAAACCACCACCCACGCCGUGAUCUGCAGGGAUGGACUCUGCCAUGUUACCGUGCUCCUGCAGCCUCAGCAGCGCGUUGCUGAGUGCUGGGGGCAGCAGCCAGACCUCCCAGCCUCGUUGUUCCCGUGUAAGUAAAGGCAGAAACCCGUUCUGUAGUCAACACGUCUUUGUCUAAUAGGUCUCCCAAAGCAACGUGUUCCUUUUGUGGCUUUACUGUCCGGACCCGUUUCCAGAGGACGAAGGCAGACUGUGAUGUGAGCUGGAAGUUUUUGGUCUCUUAAAUAGUUUGUGAUGUGUAUGAAGGCUGGAAAUGUGCAAAGAUGUUUUGAGUUCCUACACGUGGCCGGGAAGGAGCCGCCUGGUCCUGCUGUACUAUGGGCUGGGUCUGACUGGGACAGAGCUGGGAGAUGUGGGAUCACUGCUGUGAUGGCUCAGCACUGUGUGUCCAGGUCUGUCCCUGUAGAGCUGUUAGAAGUGUGUGCAGUGUGUAUCUCCGAUUCCUUUGGUCAUAUAUUCAAACAAAACAAAAAGCUGUUGAUUCCUCAGGGGGAAAAAAACCUGCUUUUCUGUAUCUGGAGCCUCCCUAGAGCUAUUUGCAUGAACUCUUUCUUAAGAUGCCCUUUGUAGCUGCUGCUCAUUGCUCUGAACAUCACCACGUUACCUGGAAUGGAGAGAAACUGUGUGUGAUGUGAGGGGGAAACUGCUGCAGAAAUAGGGGAGAUCCUCGCAUGGACACGAGAUCCUUCUUUCCUACAUGGUCCUGCUAAUAGGAGGUGAACAAAAGGGUAACAUAACUGCUGCUAAAAGCUGCCACAUGUUUUUCCUGAGCAAUCAGCCCUUCCCUAAUGAAUGAAGUUUUGAUGCCCCAGCCCAUGGAGGAAGGUUUUGCUUUCGAGUUAAAGCAUAAUUUGCUAGAAAAGCAGCAUUUCCCCUCACAGCAGGUUAGCAAUGGCAUUUUCCUUACUGUCUCAGCAUCAGCCUUCACCACCCGUCACUGCUGUGAGUGCAGAGAAAGGACCUUUGCUUGCACUGUUUCUCUGGGUAACAGGAAUCCUUUGUUCAGGUGAUGGACAGAUCUGUACUUGCUCAUCACACCUCCUGUCUUCAUUCUCUUCACGUGCGACGUGCUAUAGAAGCCGAAACUCAAUAAAAUGGUUUCAUUUGUAA